AUCAGAUCAGUCUGGCCAGUCAUUCGUGAAUGUGAUGAUCGUUAAGUAGCAUUGUUAUUGUCAUUCAGUUCCUUCACUUCCCCUCCCCCAUCAACUUCCUAUUUGCAUCGUUUUCGAUACAUUAGCUUGUUCGUUAUUAUCCUACGUCCGGUAAAAUUAGACGCAGGUUCAUCAAGUAAAUUAUGUCAAACGUAAUAGUUUGUGGUAUUAACGUGAGAGAGUGAUUAUCUCAGUCUCGGUACGAUAAUAGUAUUAUAAUAUUCAUUUUUCUCGUUAGAGAAGUCAACACAUCUACACACACACACACACACACACAGACACAGACACACACGCGCGCGCACCACGAUUGAAGCAGGAGUUCUAUCUGCCGUGUUUAACGGUCUACUAUCUCAUACAAAUGUAUAUAUAUCGUUUGAGAUGUAAAAUCAGUGUUCCUUUGGUUCUCUUUCGUAUUCGUCCUCACGCAAAUGCGUACACUUGUGGGCCCUUUUUUGCUGUGGAGGGAAUGCUGACGCUGCAACAUCCUUCAGUGCGGAAGAUCGGCAAAAAAUGGGGUCGAAGCGACGACGUAUCAGAAUAAGACGAGGACCGCUAACGUAAUCGAUUUACAGCGCGUCGAAUAGGAAAGAUGAUGAUCGCCAUGGCCAGGUUGCCCUGUAAGCAAUCCUCGCCUUCGCAACAGCAAAGAGUGAAUAAUUUUGGAAAUAGUCGUAAUUCGUAUUGGGAUAUUCAAGCUAGGGAUCCAACACCACCUUACGUUAGAAAUCAUCAUCGGCACGUUGAUCACACAGGAAAACGUAAGAGUGCAGUGGAAUUAUUGCAAGAGACGAAAGCAUUUUACGUGAAAAGCGAGACCGUGCUGGAUCGGAAACAGGAACUCAAGAAUAGCGGGCAUCUUCAAGUAUCUCAACUAAGUGCAUCUAGUGCACCACCUAGGUUACUUAGGAAGUGUGGAAAUACAGCUGUACCGUGCUCGAUACAAUCACCCUCGCCGUCACAAAUAUCUAAUCCUGUAACGCCACCCUGUUGUUGGGCCACGUGUCAUGAUCAAGAUAGAACAGAUGGGAUUUUGAGUCCUCAACAAACACUGCCACCCGCGCUGCCACCAAAGAGCCCACGCUUAGUCCCUCUUCCGCAGCGGCGCACUAUUUCAGGGCCACCGAGUGUUACGAGCGGGGAUCAAUUGCAGACAAAAUUACGGAGAUUACUCAACACCGAUAGCAAGGAGAACGUCUUCUUUCCGGAAAGCCCAACUCAGGGAUGCCUUCAAACGACGAACGGUGUUGUCACCCGCGAGGAAAAGUUCAAAUAUUCACCUGGCAGCUUAUCGCCUGGCUGCCGAGACGAUGACCGUGCGUUGCAUUGUACACCGCCAGACAUUCGCUUCAAAUUUGGUCGAAGUAAUUCGCAUUCUCAUACGUCUGGUCCAGCAAGCAGAAAAUCCAUAACUUCUCCAUCGGCAGAGAACACAAUUUGUCAUAAAUCUUUGCCUGAUCUUCACACCAGUACGCAUCGUCGAGCUUCGUUAUCGCCUCGUACGUCGACAAAAUCAUCUGCCAAACUACUUGGACAUCAUUAUGGAGCUAACAAUUGUCCAGAUUGCGAGACUAGUUCGGAUUAUUCCGAACAUAGUUUCAAACGUGAUGCUGUCUAUUAUCGCAGUACGCGUCACAUCAGACGUUCGUUUGGCUCUGGCGGUGGGGAUGCCAGUAGUGUUCUAUCAUCCGGUGGCAGAACACAGAAAUCGUCUGGCUCAAGUAAAUUGAGCCAUGGCGCUACCGCAAGAGAUUCUGGUGGAUCCUCUGGGCAUUGUACUCAUCGUAGUGAACCACCACCAAGGUUACAGGAUUAUUGGACUCACGUACGUAGAGACAGUGGUGCAUCGACCCAACAUUCGACUGAUAAAAAUCGUUCGAGAAAGGGCAGUUAUGCCAGUGGUACACCACCUUCUGUCUUGAGACAUUAUAGUUCUGAUACUGAAAGCAGCGAGAGUCAAACUGAUUACAGUCCUACUUGUAACUCUAGAUUCUCAGAUGGUUGGAAGGAAGGACGUGGUAGACCAAUUUUGAGAUCAAAAUCUGAUAUAAGCGAUCGUUAUUGGAGACAAGAUAAUGGUAGAACGUGCAAGUUAUCAGCACGUGCACCGCGUUCGGUGACACUGUUGGAGAAUUUCUUUGAUUAUUUGGGUUUAGAUUUAGAGAAUUAUCAACUUAUCACUGAACCCGAUUCAAAAUCUUCGUCACCUGUAUUCUUCGAUAGUGUUAGCUCGGUCGACUCUGCGUCAGGUCUUUAUUCUUGGAUUGGAAAUAAUCAGGCAAAUCAGGGUAGUCAAUGGCAAAAUAAUAAUUGUAGCAUUGGUAUGGGUAAUGACGAUUUUAAUCAAAGAGUUAACGAUCCACCUAGUAUCGUUGAACGAAAUGCUCGAAUUAUUAAAUGGCUUUGCCAAUGUCGUAAGGUACAGUUUGGUUACAGUUAAAUAUUGCGAUAUUUCUCUUGUAUAUUGAAAGAAAUUAGUGAAUUUCCCCAUUUGUUAACAAUGGAAUUUAGACAAGGAAUUUAUCAGAACUUCUCUCUGCAAAGAUUGUUAACUAAAAAUUCUUUGACUGAAUUGAAACAUGAAACACUCACAGUUAAUGCAGCAGAAUGUUCUCUAUCGUACUUAAUUAUGUGCUCGUGGACUGAUAAAUAUUUAUAGAUGAUCAU